CUACAUGCGUGUAUCAUCUGUGCAGAAAGUCCAAAAAGGUUCUGUGCUUCAGUGCUUGUGAGACCAGUACGGGUUGUUAGAGAAUAGGCUUAGGAUUAAAAUGGCUGAUUUAGAUGAUUUCUUUGCGAAAAAGGACCGAAAGAAAAGUAAAGGUAAAAAGUUUACGACAACAGACGAAAUAGCGAAGAAACUUGAAGAUGCGGGUAAAAAAUCUGAAAAGGUAAAAAAACCCAUGCCGUUACAGCAGAUUGGCACGGAUGGAGAUGAAAAUAUUCACCAGACACAGGACGAAGAUGAUGAAUGGAAGGAAUUUGAAGAAGAAAAGAAGGAUUAUUCUGGACUCCGUAUUGGAAACUUAACCAUAACAGAAGGUGAUAGCGAGGGAGGUGGUUGUGAUGGUGAAGAACAGGAUAUUAUGGAGGAAAAUGAAGCCGGUGAACUAGUUCCUCGGCGCAAGGUUCAGUCUGGGCCAUGGAAAAUCGUUGCUCCACAAUCCCAACCUGAACCAGAACAGCCAGUUGAAGAUAAGCAUAUUGAGUAUAUGCCUACAGGUGGUUCUGCAUACUUACCACCGCACUUGAGGAACCAGCCAAGGGAAAUACAUUCUAGUCCUCGGAUGAAGAACAGAACUGCACCAGACAUAAAUAGUGAAGAAUUCUUCCCCACUCUAUCUGCUUCAAAGAAUGUGGAUCCUAGAGCUCAAGGUCGAAAGAGAAGAGAUGAGGGUGCUUUUGAAGAAGUCCGUAACAGCCGAUCCCAUUCCAAUCGAUAUGCAGAGAGUGCUAUGGCAGCCUCAGGACCACGUCUCAGUUUGGGCAACAAGUAUGGUGCCCUGAGUCAAGAACAGAGCUGAGACUGGCCUGACUCCCCCCUCCCCCUCCUUUACACCACACACACACACACACACACACACACACACACACACACUUUAAUUGCUGUAAAUCAGUUGUUGGUAUUUUUUAUUGAUGUGUUGUCAUUCAUUUUAGUAAUUCAAUAACUACAAGAGCUUGUUUCCACCAUAAUUAUGGCAGUGUGACUUUCGUGAUUCAUGAAGAACAAAGCUAGUGGAUGAAGCCAUUUUACCUGUAUGGUGGGUGUAAUAGCUUCUGGCUGUUGUGAAGUGUCUCAUUCUAAAAAUGAAAAAAAGUUGAAAUACUGUGAAGUGCUUUGUGGCACGAACAAGUUUGAAUGAAACUGGUGACUGUUAAAAGAGCUUCAUAUGUUUAUAGAAGAUAUUUGAUGAUUUACAAUAAAAAGCUCCACAUGUGCUAAAAUUGUUUUAUUGUAUAAAUUUCUCAGUGUUCUAACUACUCUAGCAUACUUUACCAAAAAUUAAGAUUUCACUGUAGCAAACAUUCCUUUGUUUUUGCUGUUACUAUUGUUGUUUGUUGCAUUGACCGUUAUGCAGGAAAAACUUUCACUGGUAUUUGUGAUAAAAAGAUGGCUGUUCAUCACAAGGAAUGAGUAAAUAGAAAACUGGAAACUGCUCAUUGUUCAAGGAUUUGGGUUAGAUAACUGUAAAGUGUAAAAAUUAACAAAGUAUUUGUUUGUGCUUAUUUGUUGGUUAAAGGACCAGUUGAGAUUCUGGCAUUCAUUAAAGCAAUAAAUUACUUUUUUACAAAA